AUGGCUCCCGGCCCGUCACCCUCAUAUGAGCAGCCCUCUGGCAGCACUCUUCCCCGGAACCCCCAGACUACAUGGCACAAUCGACCGCCUCCUGUUGACCUAAACCUACCCGACCUCAAUCGUCCCUUGCCACCCCCUCCGGCCUCUGCCACCGAGCCCUAUGAGAUUCCCACCCUUCGUCGACGGCCUGCUCCCGAUGAACCCGACUUAAACACGACGAAACCCGCCCACCAUCGCUCGUUCAGUCACCCCUUUCCCCAUCUGUUUGGAUCUAAGAAAUCCGAACGAAAGCAUCAGACCAAAGGAGAACAUGACGGCACCUCCAGCGCUCCGCGUGAGGGGCGCAUGGACGAUGUACGAGCUAAGACAUUGGGACAGGAAAGUGCUUCUCACCGAGCUGAUCGGCAGCCAGUCACGGGGAGGUGUAUGACUUGCGAUUCGACCGUUAGGUGGCCUCAGGGACUCAAGGUUUUCAGAUGUACGACUUGUUUGACCAUCAAUGAUCUGGAACCCAAUCACGAGCUGCCACAAGAACCCUCUACUUCCUCUCAAGGUUCACAGCCUCAACGAAGAAUAACUCCGUUGUCCUUGGACAGAACACGAGCACUUCUUGACCGAUGCCUUGAACAAUACCUUGGUUCUUUACUAGAGGAUGUUCGGGAAAUGGAUAGCCCUGAGCCAUUGGAUAGCCAGUUCAACACCGAGGAAUCUUUCCUACUAGAUGGGAGUCCCCCAGAAGGCUUGUUAUACAGUCAAAAUCAAGAUGAUCAGGAUUCACCACCCCCAUCACCGCGGGCCGCCAUUAAGCCCCGAAGUCCCUCCGAAUCCACCUUGACCACUCUCAACACUUCCCAACUCCCUGAAGGCUCAUUUGUUCAGGGCUCGUCUGUCGAUCCUUUCUCUUCUUCGUUACCAAUCAAAGCACGACCAAAUAAAGCGAGACCCCAAGAUCCGAAGGAACCAAAACUUCGUACCGUUAGUCGACAAAUAUCUCAUUCUGCCAUCUUUCGUCAAGUCGAAGACUAUAUUGCUCGCUGUUUUAUUGGUUGUGCCACGUUAAACAACUCCUUCCUCUCGCGGCCUCCGCCAAGUUUCAAACCAAGGACGGGCUCGGGACCACAACCUCGUCGACAACCGUCCGAGCCUGUACCGUCACCACUAUUCGAGACUGAUGUGUUUUUGUCAGAAUUUGAUGCCAAAACGCUAUUGCUCGGAGAUAUCGCCGAAAAUGGCUCCUGGUGGCUAGGCACGCCCGGGGGAAGAUCCUCCAGUACUGGACAGGACAAUCAACACCAACGGGACAGGUCACCAGACAAAGGGCGCAACCCGGGAGCAAAGUAUGCGAGGAUCAAUUGGAUUGAGCUUGCUGAAUGGUAUCGGAUAGUUAUCUAUGCAGGUGAUGCGUGGGAGUCGAGAUGGCAAGCAAUGAAAUCCAGGAUUGCGGACCAGGACCAAUUGCAACGUUGGAAUUCUAUAUCCAUGAGCAACAUUCAUCAUGACAUUAUCGAUUCUCGUACACACCUGCAUAGAAGUUUGCUCAAGGUGACUGAGAAUCUCCUCAAGCGCCCCCGACAGCCUCUCAAGCACUCUGAGGAUUGCCGAUUCCUUCUGAUACUUCUUGCCAAUCCACUGCUUACACCAACGAGACUAGACGUCGGGAAGCCCUCCAACCCAUCAAUGCUGAAGAAUCCCUUAACAGCAAGAGGCCAUGACGAAAGAUUACGUGGUUCGCCUUCGAAGCGGAUUCAACCCUCCGCUAGGAGACCCGGCAGCUUAGGGCAUCACUCCGGGAUAAUCAAACGGAUCUUGGGCUUGAUAGCCAAUCUUUCCAACGAAAUCCACCAGCAUUUGGUUUCAUGGUUCUCAAAGUAUUCAGAUGGACAUUUUCAGCGCACUGUGGAACUGAUUGGGAGCUUUGUUACGUACAGAUUGUCCAGACAGCAAAGAAAACCAGCCGUGGCUGAACCAGUCAAUCCGACUGAUGGGCUCGUUCCAAGCUUCUCAGAUUCAGGUCUGCGCCACGCAUCGCAGAUUCAUGCAGCUUUGGAGGGCAGACACUCCUCAACAUCCGCCGGUCAAUCAGACGGUAUGCCAAAGCUGGCCUCCUAUGGCGAGGACUGGCAGAUCCGGGUCGCAGCACGAGUCAUGUCGCUAUUUUUCCAAGCGAACGUUGGCCAUGCCGCCCGGAAAAGGGAUGCUGUCAUAGGGCAUGAACAGCGGCAUCACAGCCCUGGGAUGAACGCAAAGUAUAACGCGAAUUCUCAUGGUCAAAUCAUUCCCGUCAGCAACUUUUAUAGCACCAUGUUGGAUUAUGCUGAUCUCGUCGCUGAUUUCGAAACAUGGGAAACGACGAAAAGCAGGUUUACGUUUUGUCAGUAUCCCUUCUUCCUCAGCAUAUAUGCCAAGAUACAUAUCCUCGAGCACGAUGCGCGAAGGCAGAUGGAGGUCAAAGCCAGGGAGGCAUUUUUCGACAGCAUUCUCAGCAGGAAAGCCGUGAGCCAGUAUCUUGUGCUGAGGGUCCGAAGAGAUUGCCUGGUGGAAGACAGCCUCCGAAGCGUUUCGGAAGCCGUUGGAUCAGGGGGAAACGAUCUGAAGAAAGGCCUUAGAAUUGACUUCCAGGGAGAGGAAGGGAUCGAUGCAGGUGGCCUCCGCAAAGAGUGGUUCUUGCUCCUCGUACGGGAGAUCUUCGACCCCAACCACGGAUUGUUCGUUUACGAUGACGAUUCACAAUACUGUUAUUUCAACCCGUUCUGCUUUGAAUCCUCUGAGCAAUUCUUCUUGGUCGGCGUGCUAUUGGGUCUAGCGAUUUAUAACUCGACAAUUCUAGAUAUUGCAUUUCCACCUUUCGUCUUUAGAAAGAUGUUGGCCUCGGCGCCUUUGAUCGGGGACAAAUUGACCUCGACACCGAGGAUCGGCCAUGGGUACUCGCUUGACGAUCUAGCUGAAUAUCGACCUGCUCUUGCACGGGGCUUCCGACAACUCCUCGAAUUUGAGGGCGAUGUGCAAGAGACCUUUUGUCGAGAUUUUGUGGCAGAGAUGGACCGUUAUGGCGAAGUCGUCCAGGUGCCACUUUUCCCAGGAGGUGAGAAGCGUGCGGUCACCAACAGCAACCGAAAAGAGUUUGUUGAUUUGUACGUUCAUUAUCUCCUGGAUACAGCAGUUACGCGGCAAUAUGAACCAUUCAAGCGAGGUUUCUUUACAGUCUGCGGAGGCAACGCCCUCUCCCUCUUUCGGCCUGAGGAGAUUGAGUUACUCGUCCGCGGAUCCGACGAGUCACUCGAUGUUGCCAGCCUUCGUGCGGUUGCAACCUAUGAAGGCUGGCCCAAACAAGAAGGGCCGGCUGAGCAACAACCUCAGGUGGUGUGGUUCUGGGACUUCGUGUGCAAAGUCAGCCCCAGUGAUCAGCGAAGGAUUUUGAGUUUCAUUACGGGCAGUGACAGGAUACCGGCAAUGGGAGCAACCAAUCUUGUCAUCCGCAUCCAAUUGAUUCGGGGCAAAGAUGAGUUCGAUGCACAGGGUCGGCCGACGAACCUACCCAUUGAGAAAUUUCCAAUUGCGAGAACGUGUUUUAAUACAAUAAGCUUGUUCAAAUAUGAGAGUCGCCAAAAGCUGGAGUAUAAGCUUUGGAUGGCUGUUACUAACAGCGAAGGAUUUGGUUUGAAAUAA